AUGUCUUACGGCGGUGGUGGUUACUCGCGCGGCGGCGGCGGCGGUGGUGGUGGUGGUGAUUCCUACCGCUCCCGUGGAGGCGGCGGUGGUGGCUAUGACAACGGCUACUCCAACGGGAAUGGCUACUCCGGCGGCGGCGGCGGCGGCUAUGGUGGUGGUGGUGGUGGUGGCUACGGCGGUGGCCGUGGUGGUGGUUUCAGCGGCGGCGCCGGUGGUGACCGUAUGAACAACCUCGGCGCUGGCCUGAAGAAGCAGGACUGGGACCUCGACACCAUGCCCAAGUUCGAGAAGUCCUUCUACAAGGAGCACCCCGAUGUCACUGCUCGAUCGGAUGCUGAGAUCGACGAGUACCGCAAGAAGAUGGAUAUGGCUGUUCAGGGUCGCAAUGUUCCUCGCCCCGUCGAGACUUUCGAUGAGGCCAACUUCCCUGCCUACGUUUUGUCCGAGGUCAAGGCCCAGGGCUUCGAGCGCCCUACUGCUAUUCAGUCUCAGGGUUGGCCCAUGGCCCUCUCCGGUCGUGAUGUCGUCGGUAUUGCCGAGACUGGUUCCGGAAAGACCCUGUCCUACUGUCUCCCUGCUAUUGUCCACAUCAACGCCCAGCCCCUCCUCGCCCCUGGCGAUGGUCCCAUUGUCCUGGUCCUUGCUCCCACUCGUGAGCUUGCUGUCCAGAUUCAGGCUGAGAUCACCAAGUUCGGAAAGUCUUCUCGCAUUCGCAACACCUGUGUCUACGGUGGUGUUCCCAAGGGACCCCAAAUCCGUGACCUGUCCCGUGGUGUUGAGGUCUGCAUUGCCACUCCCGGUCGUUUGAUCGAUAUGCUGGAGGCUGGCCGCACUAACCUCCGUCGUGUCACUUACCUUGUUCUCGACGAGGCUGAUCGCAUGCUGGACAUGGGUUUCGAGCCUCAAAUUCGCAAGAUCAUUGGCCAGAUUCGUCCUGACCGUCAGACUUGCAUGUGGUCUGCUACCUGGCCCAAGGAUGUCCGCCAGCUGGCAUCUGACUUCCUGAACGAGUACAUUCAGGUCAACGUCGGUUCUACCGACCUGUCCGCCAACCACCGUAUUAACCAGAUCGUUGAGGUGGUUUCUGACUUCGAGAAGCGUGACCGCAUGAUCAAGCACAUGGAGAAGAUCAUGGAGGACCGCUCCAACAAGAUUAUCAUUUUCACUGGCACCAAGCGUGUUGCUGAUGAAAUUACCCGCUUCCUUCGUCAAGAUGGAUGGCCCGCACUUUCCAUUCACGGUGACAAGCAGCAAAACGAGCGUGAUUGGGUCUUGAACGAGUUCAAGACCGGCAAGAGCCCCAUCAUGGUGGCCACUGAUGUGGCUUCCCGUGGUAUCGAUGUGAAGGACAUUACUCACGUUCUGAACUACGACUACCCCAACAACUCGGAGGACUAUGUCCACCGUAUUGGUCGUACCGCUCGUGCCGGUGCUAAGGGUACCGCCAUUACCUUCUUCACCACUGACAACUCUAAGCAGGCUCGUGACUUGGUCACUAUCCUUACUGAGGCUAAGCAGCAAAUCGAUCCCCGUCUCGCCGAGAUGGUCCGUUACAGCGGUGGCGGCGGUGGCGGUGGCCGCUGGGGUGGCCGUGGCCGUGGCCGUGGUGGCUGGGGUGGUCGCGGCGGCGGCGGCGGCGGCGGUGGUGGUGGUGGUGGUUUCACCCAGGGCAACUCUGCUCCCCUUGGUGGCAACCGUCGCUGGUAA